AUGUGUUUAAACAGAUAACCAUUAUAGUAUAACUAACCUCGUAAAAUAAAAAUAAAUAUAAAAAAAGAAGAUAAAAAUAAAAAAACAUAAUUUCCUUCAAAUUUUAUUGUAUCUUCACAUUACACAAUAUACAAUUUUUUGCCUUUAUCAUUAUUAUUAUAAUUUUAAAGACAUGCAAACAUAUAUUUCUUAUUUAUAGCUAUACUUUAAUCAAUACCAAUUGUUUCCCCAUUAAAUCCUGUUUCAGCAAUUUUUCCUUUAGUAUUUGUUUUAGGACUUUCAAUAAUAAGAGAAGGAUUAGAAGAUUAUUAUAGACAUAAAUAUGAUAAAUAAGUAAAUUCAAGUAUAAGUACAUAAUUAAUUUUAGAUGAAAACAACAAAUUUUAUGAGUAAAAUAUUACCUGGGCAAAUGUAGAAGUUGGAAAUUUAAUAAAAGUUAAAAAUAAUGAAUCGUUUCCGGCAGAUUUGCUAGUUUUGGAUUCUGCUUUUGAAAAUGGAAUUUGCUAUAUUGAAACUGGGGCUUUAGACGGGGAGAAAAACUUAAAGCAAAAACAGGCUAUUAAGGAGACUAUUUAAAUUUUUAAAAAUUAUAAUUUAAAUGUUUUAGAGUAAAUGAUACUCGGAUAUGAACAGCCUAAUUAAAAUUUAUAUAGACUUGAAGAUUAAAACAUUCUACUGUAAAAUAAUAAUUAUGAAACUUCUUCGAAAUUUGUAUCCUAAUAAUAAUCUAAUAAUAUAUGCAAAAAACUUUUAAUUACUGUUAAAUAAUUACUUCCAAGAGGAGCUUUUUUAAGAAAUACCGAAUAUGUUAUUGCUUGUGUAAUAUAUACAGGAAAUGAUACUAAAAUAAUGAAAAAUUCAGAAAAUAAUAAAAAUAAAGUCUCUAAUGUAGAAAAAGUUAUGAAUAUAUUUAUUUUAGGGAUACUUUUUUUUCAAAUCUUGUGUUCAAUACUAACUGCUUUAUUAAAUAAUUUCUAUAUAUCAAACAAUGAGGUAAAUCAUUGGUAUUUAAAAGACGAAAAAAAUCCAAGUUCAUACUCCAUAUCUAGUUUAUUGAGGUUUUUUACUUAUUUUCUACUUUAUAAUACUAUGAUUCCAAUAUCCCUUAUUGUUUCUUUAGAAAUAGUAAAAGUAACUUAAGGUUUUUUCAUAUAAAAUGAUAUAGAAAUGUACUGCAAAUAAAAAGAUGUUUGGCCUAAAGUACUCACAACAACAAUUAAUGAAGAAUUGGGUUAAGUAGAGUAUAUUUUUACAGAUAAAACUGGUACUUUGACUUGUAAUUAGAUGAUUUUUGCAAAAAGUGUUAUUGGGGAAAGACUUUAUUAAAAUUAGCAAGAAAAUGAUUCUUAAGAAUUUAAAAAUUAGGAACUUUAAUUUUUAUUGGAAAAUAAAGAAGGAGAUUUUGCUUAAAGUUUAAUUUUAAAAUCAGAGGAUGAAAAAUAAAAUUAUGUUCUAAAUUUUCAAAAUGAACUAGCUUAUGAGUAUUUUUAACUCAUUUCAUGCACUCAUGAGUGCGUAAUUUAAAAAGAUACAGAAAAUAAAACUAAUGUUGAAUACUAGGGACCUUCACCUGAUGAAAUAGCGCUUGUGAGCACUGCAAAUUGCAUAGGAUUUAAGUUUUUGGGUAUUUUUAAUGAUUUUAUAAAAUUAAAAAUACUUGGUAAUGAUAAAAAAAUAGAACUUUUAUAUAUUUUUUAAUUCGAUUCUACAAGAAAAAGAAUGUCAGUGAUAGUUAAUGAUUAAGGAGUUUACAAAAUGUACAUAAAAGGAGCUGAUAAUAUUAUUAAAUAAAGAUUAAAUUAUAGUUAGUUGUUUUUAAAAUAGAUAGACACUUAUUUGGAAUAAUUUAGUCUUAUAGGUUUAAGGACACUUAUGUUAGCAAUGAAAAUUUUAAGUGAAGAAGAAUUUUUAAUCAUUAAGUCAAAAUAUGAAUCUUUUUUAGAUUCUUAAAAUAGAGAAGAAUAAUUAAAUUAAUUAGCUGAUGAAAUAGAAAACAAUUUUAUAUUAAUAGGUGCAACGGCUGUAGAAGAUAAACUAUAAGAUAAAGUAGCAGAAACAAUAUAGGAUUUGAUAAAAGCAUAAAUUAAAAUAUGGAUGCUUACAGGAGAUAAAUUAGAAACAGCUGAAAAUAUCGCAAAAAGUUGCAAUUUAAUUCAAAAUUAAAUGUUAAUAAUAAAAAUAUAGGAAUAAGAUAAAGACUUACUAAAAAAAGUAUUAUAAGGCGAGAUAUUAGAAAUUAUAUAAUAUUGCUUGCUCAAUAAAUAAUAAAAAUGCAUUGUCAUAGAAGGAGAAUCUUUAGUUACUAUUUUUAAUGAUAAAGAACUAUAAAAUAAUUUCUUGUAGAUUUCUAAAUAUUGUGAAUCGGUUGUUUGUUGUAGAGUUACACCUAAAUAAAAAGCAGAAUGUGUAAGAAUGGUUAAAUUAGGACUAAAUAAAAUCACAUUAGCUAUAGGAGAUGGGGCAAAUGAUGUUAAUAUGAUAUAAGAAGCUAAUAUAGGUUGUGGUAUUUUUGGAAAUGAAGGUAUGUAAGCUGCUUAAAAUUCAGAUUUUUCAUUUGGAGAAUUUAAAUGUUUAUGGAGAUUACUUUUAAUACAUGGAAGAUGGUCUUAUAUAAGAAUUUCAGAAAUGAUUUUAUAUUUUUUUUAUAAGAAUAUUGGUUAAACCAUUUUCGAUGAUAUUUAUAUAACUUUAUAUAAUUUAAGUUUUACAGCAGGUCCUUUAGUUUUUAGGGCGAUUUUUGAUUAGGAUGUUAUUCAAAUGAUUUUUGGUAAUUCUCUCUGA